UCUGGAGCCUCAGGCGCUCUCAUUGGGCGGGCGGACGCCGCGCGAGCAGCAGGGCUCGCGGCUAGCGGGGUCCGGAGUGCCAGCGGCCGCCCGGCCCGAGUCGGAGCCGUCAUGGGCCCUGGGCCUCCGGCCGCCGGAGCGGGGGCGCCCCCGCGACAGCUAUCGCUGGUCGCGCGGCUGAGCUACGCCGUGGGGCACUUCCUCAACGACCUGUGCGCGUCCAUGUGGUUCACCUACCUCCUGCUGUACCUGCACUCGGUGCGCGCCUACAGCUCACGCGGCGCGGGCCUGCUGCUGCUGCUCGGCCAGGUGGCCGACGGGCUGUGCACGCCCCUCGUGGGCUACGAGGCCGACCGCGCCGCCGGCCGCUGCGCCCGCUACGGUCCCCGCAAGGCCUGGCACCUGGUUGGCACCGUCUGUGUCCUGCUCUCCUUCCCCUUCAUCUUCAGCCCGUGCCUGGGCUGCGGGGCGGCCACCCCCGAGCCAGCCGCCCUCCUCUACUACGGGCCCUUCGUCGUGGUCUUCCAGUUCGGCUGGGCCGCCACGCAGGUCGCGCACCUCAGCCUCAUCCCGGAGCUGGUCAGCAGCGACCACGAGAAGGUGGAGCUCACGGCCCUCAGGUACGCUUUCACCGUGAUGGCCAACAUCACUGUCUACGGCGCCGCCUGGCUCCUGCUCCACCUACAGGGCGCUCCGCGCUUGGGGCCCGCCCAGGAAGACAGGGAACAGCUGGGGGUCCAAGAUGUGCCCGUGUUCCGGAACCUGUCCCUGCUGGUGGUUGGCGUGGGUGCCGUCUUCUCGCUGCUGUUCCACCUGGGUACCAGGGAGCGGCGCCGGCCGCAGGCUGAGGAGCCGGGGGAGCACAGCCCCCUGCUGGCCCCCGCCCGCGCCCAGCACCUGCUGCUCUGGAAGCACUGGCUCCGGGAGCCGGCCUUCUAUCAGGUGGGCUUGCUGUACAUGAGCACGAGGCUCAUCGUGAACCUGUCCCAGGCGUACAUAGCCAUGUACCUCACCUACUCCCUCAGCCUGCCAAAGAAGUUCAUUGCCACCAUCCCGCUGGUGAUGUACCUCAGUGGCUUCUUCUCGUCCUUACUCAUGAAGCCUGUCAACAAGUGCAUCGGGAGGAAUCUCACCUACCUUGUGGGCCUCCUGGUGAUCCUGGCCUUCGCAGCCUGGGUGGCGCUGGUGGACAGGCUGGGUGUGGCCGUGUAUGUGGCAGCCGGGCUGCUGGGCGUGGGCUGUGCCACCAUCUUGGUCACCUCGUUGGCCAUGACGGCAGACCUCAUUGGCCCCCACACGCACAGCGGGGCCUUUGUGUACGGUGCCAUGAGCUUCUCGGACAAAGUGGCCAACGGGCUGGCAGUCAUGGUCAUCCAGAGCCUGCACCCCUGCUCCUCGGAGCUCUGCUGCAGGGCCUGCAUGGGCUUCUACCACUGGGUGAUGGUGGCCGUGACAGGCGGCGUGGGCAUGGCUGCCGCCCUCUCUCUGUGCAGUCUCCUUGUCUGGCCCAUCCGUCUGCGGAGCUGGGACCCUGGAACCCGGCUCUGACCCUCCCCCGUGCCCACUGCCCUAUCAAAGGAACCUGGCCUGCACACUCACUGCCUGGCUGUGGCCUGCUCCUCCCACCUGUCUGUCCCUAGAGCUAGGCCCAUGGUAUCCAGGGGCCCAUGGGUCCUGAUGGGCUGGGGGGACCCAGUCCCAGCUCUGGAUGUUUGGGGUACCCUCUGUUGUGUGGGGGCAGGCCCUAAGGGACUCAGGGACUGACUUCCCUACUCGGCCCCCCAGCCUCGGCUGGGAAGCUGGGCCAGACCCGGGUGUGGCGGCUGCGGGAUUCAGCAGCCAGGCUGGGGCCCAAGUCCGGCUUCCUGCACCCAGGCCUGUGCUGACGGUGAAUAAAGAAGCGCCGUGGGUGAGGA